GACUGACAUGACACUGUAGGAGUUGAUUUACUCCACAAGAUGGCAGUAGUGCAGCAUUAAGGUGCAAACUGUCUUAGAAUCCAAAGAAGAAGAAGAAGAAGAAGAAGCGGAAGACGAAGAAGAAAAAGAAAAAGAGGCGAGGCAUCCAAACGUCAGUUGCUGCGAUACUUGUUGUGCUGUGGAAGCUGGCAACAGUGUAGAGUAACGUUAAUCUGCUUCAGACGUAACAUCAUUAGGAAUUAAACGUAUUUUUGUUUUCAGUAUUCCACGGUCCAUCCAUCAUCAUGGACGGCGGAGUGAUCGUAGUUACCAAUCCGACUGUGAAUGUGCGCCUAACAAGCACCAUCUCCUCCUUUGAGGUGCAGCGCAGGUUCGAUAGAGCGAUUACUAUAGCAGUACUGAAGGGAAAACUGGAGAUGAUUCUGGGUGCAUCUCCCUCCUGCAUGGACCUGGAGUUGUUCAGUGUCUCUGAUAAGUUCAUGCAGAAAAUGGACGACAAUGAAGCUUUGCUGGGUUCCUAUCCUGUGGAUGAUGACUGCAGAAUACAUGUUACUGAUAGAAGUGGUCAGAUGAGCGAGUUCACGGAUGUUUCCAAAGUGGAGAAGUUUCAACUCGCAGAUGAGGACUAUGAUAAGAGAACAGAUUCAGCCAGGUCCUUCAAGAAGAAACAACGUCUGGGUCAAUUCAAUGAGGAAGAAAUGGCCAAGAAGAAAGCUGAGACUGCUGCUCGGGAGGAGAAACAUAAGGCUGCUGCUGAUGCCAUUUCUGUUGGCAGCAGAUGUAAAGUGCAGGUCACUGGGCAACCCACAAAGCUUGCCACAGUCAUGUAUGUUGGUACAACACAUUUCAAGCCAGGCUACUGGGUGGGCGUGAAGUACGAUGAGCCUCUGGGAAAGCAUGAUGGAAUUGUUGACGGGAAGCAAUACUUUGAAUGUGAGAACAAAUACGGUGGAUUUGUGAAGCCCCUGAGUGUGACUGUUGGAGACUUUCCUGAGGAGGAUUACGGUUUAGACGAGAUGUAGGACUGUAAUAGGACAAAGUGGGGUACAGUUUUUUCUGCCCUGAAAUUUGAGAGUCAACCGUAUCCAUUCACCAACCAGGGAUGAAGGAAAGUCAUUGUUAUUGUAAUAAAUGAAAUUUCUGUUUUGUGCUUCUCUGGGGGGCAUGAUCCAAAGAGCUGUGUCUAAAGGUCUUUUAGGUUCAAGUUCUCUCUCACUAAUGUUGGCACAACCUGAUAGAGGUGAAUGUCCGGUAGGAAAUCUCUCGCUGUGCUGGAUAAGAUGAUAAUAGUACAGAAUAGUCACACCAAUACGGUUAGAUAAAGGAGGGGUUUGGUUGCAUGUAAGGCAGCAUAAUAAAAGUUAGUAUGUUGUCCUUCACGUCAUGCCCUUCUGUUCAAUUUAAUUUGCUUGCUUUAGGAGUACUUGUUGCUGCCGAGCCUUCUCAACGUGGAAAUCUAAAAGUCUGCAUUGACAGUUUUAGAUAAUGUUUCUCAUUUAGUUUGCAUCAGUUUGUACCAAGAUGACUGUAUGUAACUGUUUAGUUAACUGUAGUCUGAGCACGUUUUGGAGAACCCUGACAUGACAUACAUAUCUUCAUUUAAGGUAAGCUGGAGAAAUGCUUUCCAAUCACUGAUUAAAUCAGUGCUUGAUAGUCACAAACACAUUCCACCAUAUUUCACUCAGGAGUGACAGUUAAGAAAUUCACAGUUGAUGAGGAAAGAACAACAGUAGCCUCCACAGUCCUUAGUGCAACAUAGCUGUGUAGAGCAACAUAGAUGCGCACUGAUAUGAGUGUAAAAGUAUGCAAGGGUAAGUAUUUCCUCUUCAAACAACUUUAAAUUCCUAAAUUUUCAGGUUUGUUUGUAAGCAAAACUCAAUUUUUAGGUUUUACAGGUGGUUAUGUCAAAUUCCCUUUUAUUUUUCUGUGACUGAAUUCCUCCUAAAUUGUGUGCAAUUGAAUAACUUUCAAUUUUAAUUCGAGCCUAAAGUUAAAGACUACAGUUCUAUAUAAGCAUGACACAUUAGAUUUCAUGGAGUUUAGGUACAAUCUCUUAGCACUUAUAGGACAAAUUUAUAUCUGUUUAUCCUAUAAACAGUUUUCUGUUCAGGUGGGUGGCCUAGGUAAUAAUCAUUUAUGGGAGAUGUUAAAUUCUGAAACAUACCCGUUUAUGUUUCCCAUCUGUAGAACAAUCUGCUUACAAUAUUUGAUUAGAAACCAGUUGGCCAUGGUAAUAUUAGAAAACGCGAGGAACAGCAAAACAUAAAAUGUUCUCUCUCCAGUGAACUGCCUCUCUCAGUCAUAAUCACCACAACACAUGAAUAAUCUGCCUUAUUUGUGCUUUGAUUUAUAUUCUUUGUCCAGUACUGUUAACAUUUUUUUUUCUUCCAUCAACUGAUGUUUACA